GUUGGUCUCAGCACAGAAAUAAUAUUUUCUUUCGAUGAAAAGAAAAACUUCGUCAGAAACUACAAAUCUGUCUAAAGAUCAUUAACAUGGAAGAAAACUCCGAUCACCACCAACAUAUUCAACCCAAUACGUUGCCGGAACACGACGAAGAUAACACCAGUGACUCGGAAAAUUCUUCCGAACAAACCCAAACAGUUUCUCAAUCUGAUUUGUUUCUUCCUCAACUUAAUCUUGUCAUGCUACUUUGUUCUUCGUUUCCAUCAUCAUCGUCCGAAGACAGUUUAGAUGAAUAUGAAAAUAGAAAUAAGAAAAGCUUAAAUAGUGGUGCACGUAAAGCAAAUUUCGGUUCGAGAUUACGGAGUUAUUGUAAUCGAGAAAAGAAACCAAGGUCUUAUCUAACAAAAAUUAGAGAUUGCAGGCAUUCAAGAAGGAUGUAAAGAAAAAGAAGUUUUGACAAUUCCUGCCAUAUCGAUCGCUAUCAUUGUGCAUAAUUCUUUGAGUUGGUUUUUUGGUAUUCUUCAGAAUUUUGUAAUUAAUAUGUUUUUGUUGGUUGUUUUUGAUUUCUCUUUUAUGGUUCAGAAUUCAUAUGUUCUUCGGUUAAAGGAACUAUUUUUUUUUUUUUGAAAAUUUUGGGUGAAUUUAUGAGCCGUAGAACUCAUGAGAAUCCAGAAUGCAUCCGUUCCAGGAAAAACUAUACUUUCCCUUUUUCAUUGUUGCCUAAAAAUAGGCCCAAUCGAAAAGGGGGAAGAAUGGAGUACAAGUUUACCACCUUUGCAAUCAGUUACAUUCUUUGCACGAGUAAAAUGAUCGAAUGAAUCUAUCUCAAAUACUUUACAUAGUCUUGUCGAGCGUUAAACCAGAUAGAAUGAAAAACUCCAUUGUACAUAAUCAGUUGAACAACAAGCAACACUCCAUGUGAAAUGUCGUAUGGGAGCUUCGUGUAAUUGUUACUGUACUAUUAUUUUGCUUAGUUAUUUUUUUUUCUGGUUUUGAUGAAUUGAAUUAUUGAUCUGCAUUAAAUAUAUGAGUAUUUGAUGUACCAUCAUCUUCAUUGUUACUCAUCACCACGUUGUUAACACCUUUGUUUAAUCAGAAAGCUCCGUAUUAUCUUGCUUCAUGAUUCUCAAAAUAAGUAUCUCACUUCAUGUUGAUUCUAUGCUCGUGAAAAAGAUUUGCAUUUGCAUUCCUAAUUGCCCCUUGGCUUUGCAACUCUCUCAUCAUUCUUAAAGAGAGCAGCAGAUUAUACGGCGUCUUUAAUCAUGCAAAGAAGAUUUUUGAAUCACUGGUGCUUCCUCUUGAACACAAACUUCCCCUCAAAUCUUAGCAUCAUAUCUUUUUUCGGUCUCUCUGUCACAUGCAGGUAUAAUUCAGUUGAACGCGUUAAGAUCUGAUAUAUAUAUAUAUAGACCUCAAAAGCAAAGAAUUUAGUCGUCUAUACUAAAACAAUCCUGCUGCAGAAUGAAAGAUCCCAUCUCCACAAAUGAUAUGUUUUUCUGGAUAACCAUUUCCUUUGCAGUGGCAGCUCCUCUAUUGCUCCUACUCCAGAAUUUUCUUAGCUGGAAAAAGAAAACCAACUCCAGGCGGUUAGCUCCGGGUCCUCCAGGUUGGCCAUUGAUCGGAAACCUCUUAGAUUUAGGCUGUAACUAUAAGGCGCUACACAAAAAACUGGUACAACUUCAAAAGAUAUAUGGACCGGUUCUCAUGAUACGUAUGCGUGCGAUGAAUAUGCUAGUUAUUGCUUCCGCAGAUGCUGCUACGGAGUUAUUCAAAAGUCAUGAUCAAGCUUUUUUAAAUCGUCAUCCAGUCCAGGCGCUACAAACAUCAAUUGGUGAUUACGCGACUCCAUGGGCUGCUCCGUACGGACCAAUCUGGCGAAUGCAUAGGAGACUAUAUGCAACUUUAUUCUCUCGGAGGACAAUGAUGAACACUUUGGGUAAACGAAAACAAUUUGUAGAUCAGACAAAACAAUGGAUAUUGGUAGAUGAGAAGGAAGGUAGAAGUGUUGAAAUAAAACACUUAACUAUGGUUGCCUUCUCUAAUUUAUUGGGAAAUCUAUUCUUUUCUAAGGAUGUUAUGGAUCUUAAAUCUGCAACUGAAAAUGAACUCUAUCAACUUCUUCGGGGGAUUGGAGCGUUGACUACAAAGCCAAACUUAGCUGAUUUGUUUCCAUGGUUGCGAAAUUUAGACCCACAGAAUUUGGCCAACAGGAUGAAGAAGGCAAUCCAUGCAUGUCAAAACAUUGUUGAUGGUUUUGCAAAGGAGCGGAGGAGCACACGCAAUAACAAUGACGAGAAGGAUUACUGGGAUUUGUUGAUGGACUUCGAAGGCAGCGGCAAAGAUGAACCAAAGAAACUGUCAGACAGACAAAAUAGUUGGUUUAUAACGGAAACAUUUAUCUGUGGAGUCGACACAGUAACCACUCCUAUAGAAUGGGUAAUGACAGAAGUUAUGCGGAAUCCAGAGGUAAUGAGGAAGGCCAAAUAUGAGAUUGCCGAAGUUGUUGGUUAUAAUAGAAUGAUUGAAGGAAGUGAUAUCGAAAGUUUACCUUAUCUAGGUGCGGUGAUUAAAGAAACUCUAAGAUUGCAUCCAACUGGUCCUGUCCUAAUACCGCGCACUACUGUUGAAGACACAGAAUUCAUGGGGUAUAUUAUACCUAAAGACACGGAGUUUUGGUUAACGUUUGGGGUAUUGGAAGGGAUUCAGAUUCAUGGGAUGAUCCAUUCUCGUUCAAUCCAGAACGUUUCUUAGGAAGUACUACGGAUUACCGCGGACAACAUUCUCGAUUCUUACCGUUUGGAGCUGGGAGACGUAUGGGUCAUUGCUCCAAUCUUUUGAUUGGACUCUUGAAAAUGGCGUCACACCUGAAUCCAUAGACAUGAAGGAAAAACUAGAGAUGUCAGUGCAAAAGUCCACUCCGUUGAAAAUAAUACCAAGAGCAUCGGCUCUUGCUCUGUGACUUCGACAACAUCCGAGUUUCAAUCCAUGUAUGCAUGAUUUUUACUUUGAUUGCUUUUAUAAAUAUAACGCAUUGCUGCAGAUUCUGUAUAUG